AUGGAAUUUGUAGGGCACAGUCCGACUACUUGUUAUUUAUCUUCCACCCGUCGUCCGGUUGCUGUAUCAAAACUACCUUGUAUAACAGCUCUGCCGAAAAUUGCCAAAACCCCCUCAUUUACCUGCCCAUCACCAUAUCCACACAAGCGUACCUUAUCUACUGUGGGUUUCCGACCAGCUACAUACUAUUCUGCUUCCAAAGCCAACCCUCGUUAUCCUCUGUCCCAUUCCCUAGUGGACAAUACGGCUCCGGAAAAUAAUCUGAGUGAACUAUGCGGUAUCCGAGUUCCAUCGGUAUAUUCGGCAGCCCGGAACGCUUUGUACACUCGCUACACUCCACGGGACUGGUUUGCUAGCUACCAACGUUUGCUACAGGUAAACGAUCGUGGUGAAAAAGAUGCCGAAUGUCUCCGUUACGACUCCGAGCGUUUGAUCAAUGAAAUCAAUGAGAGAACCAAAUUAAAUCAGGAGGAAUCCGAUCGUAAACUGGGCGAUCGGUUGUCAGACAUUGUGUUUUGGGAAAAUGAACUAUCGGAUGAGAUUGAUCAUAUGACCAAAGAAAUCAACGACUUGAUACGUGCCAAACGAGUCACAAAAAAACUGUACGCGGAAGUGGAAAACCAGAUACAUGUGGUACAAGAAUGUCUCUACCAGCGUGAAAAACGUCAGUGCGUGGAUUUGGUUCAUGACCUUGUCGAGAAAGCUUUGUUAAAUGAAGUCGAAGCGGUACAGCGUGCUCGAGAACACAUGGCAAAUUUGAUUGAUCAAGUUAACACACAACUGGAGUGA